AUGGCACCCUCGAAGGCGGAAUCCUUGAUUGAUGUCACCGAAAUAUUUGUUGAGCUGACCUCCGCAGAAGACGAAGACGCCGGAUUUGGUGGAUGUGAGGCACGGCAGAAGCUAGAGCGCAAGCUCCUACGCAAGAUCGACUCGCGCAUGUCUAUUCUGAUAGUCAUAUAUAUGCUGAACUACAUGGAUCGUAACAAUAUCGGCGCAGCACGGCUACGGGGACUAGAGACGGACCUGGGUUUGCAAGGCCAAGAGUUUGCGACCCUCUUGUCCAUACUAUAUGCCGGUUACAUGAUCAUGCAAGUACCCUCGAAUAUGUUUCUCAACCAUAUCGGCAAGCCAUCCAUAUACCUGCCCACCAGCAUGGUGAUUUGGGGCAUUAUCUCCAUCCUGACAGGAAUCACUAAAGACUUCGUCAGCGCACUCCUCGCUCGCUUUUUCCUAGGCUUCGUCGAAGCAGUGUUCUUUCCUGGCGCCCUAUUUCUCCUCAGUAAAUGGUACAAGCGCAAUGAGCUGGGCACGCGCAUCGCUCUGCUGUAUUGCGGCAACAUCACGUCGAACGCAUUCGGCGCGCUCAUGGCUUCAGGUAUUCUCGACAGCAUGGACGGCAAGCUCGGACAGGCCGCGUGGCGGUGGCUUUUCUACAUCGAGGGCUCGCUUACCAUCUUCGUGGCCCUCUGCGCCAUGUUCAUCCUCCCCGACUUCCCAUCUACUACGCGCUGGUUAAGCGAGGGGGAGCGCCGCCUAGCGAUGAGGCGCAUGGAAGAGGACGCGGGCGUAGGAGACGAAGGCGAGACCGAGGAGGGCGGGCACUUGAUCGGGCUGCGACUGGCCCUGCGGGACUGGAAGGUAUGGUGGAUGGCCCUGGUGAUGACAAGCUUCAACGUCACUUUGAGCUUCACUACAUACUUCCCCACGCUGAGUGCUACGAUGGGCUUCAAUCCGACCGUCACGUUGCUCCUCUGCGCCCCACCAUUCAUCUUGACUGGGAUCAUAACAUUCGCCCUCUGCAGGAAUUCGGAUGCGAUAGGCGAGAGGUUCUGCCAUGCUACAAUACCGCUCCUCUUCGGGAUCGUCGGCUUUGUUAUCGCUGUGUGCACGAUGAACACUGCUGCACGCUACGUCUCGUUAUUCCUCAUGGCGCAGUCGUACGCUGGCUAUGUCGUUGUCACCACUUGGAUCAGCAACUCGUUCCCCCGCCCCCCGUCCAAGCGUGCGGUAGCGCUGGCUUUCAUCAACGCCUUCUCAUCUUUCGGGAAUGUGGCUGGAUCGUACGUGUGGCCAAGCACAUGGGGGCCGACCUAUCGCAAAUCAUGCGGGAUUUGCAUAACGACGGCAGGCUGCGUGGUUGUGAUGUGCUACAUCUUCAAGCUGUACCUCGAACGCCUGAACCGGGAGUUGGCCGAGGAUGAGAGGCGGAAGGGUGCAGAGGAUAGAGGAUUCCGCUAUCUGACGUGA